AUGUGCUCCUUCCAUUUGGCUUCCACUGUACCUGGAAUGCCAAUUAAGGCUUCUGCGGACAAGCUUGCUCGUGAGAUGCACGAGUAUGGAAACCCUCCUGAUUUCCUGCUGAAGACAACACCAAACAAGCUCCAGAAGUUGAGGAGAGUAGUGAUACACCAGCUUUGCCGGGUCAGUUCAAGGGAAAGAAGUCAAGAUCCAUACGAAUGGUUGUAUUACUUCCCUCCAUUGGCUGUUGAAGAUCUCAAGGCGUAUGGAUUAGGUUGUGAUUGGAGACGGUCGUUCGUGACCACUGAUGUUAAUCCGUUUUUCGAUGCCUUCGUGAGGUGGCAGAUGAGGAAGUUGAAAUCUAUGGGGAAGAUUGUGAAAGACCGUAGGUACACGAUAUUCUCACCUCUAGAUGGGCAGCCUUGUGCUGAUCACGACCGUGCUACUGGUGAAGGUGUUCAGCCUCAGGAGUACACUCUUAUUAAGAUGGAAGUAGUGAAGCCGUUUCCUGAAGCUGGUCCUUUGGAAGGAAAGAGAGUGUUUUUGGCUGCAGCUACUUUGAGGCCUGAGACCAUGUAUGGGCAAACAAACGCAUGGGUGUUGCCUGAUGGGAAGUAUGGAGCUUAUGAAAUCAAUGAAACUGAUGUCUUCAUCCUUACUGAGAGGGAUGAUCUGAUUGGACUCCCUUUGAGGUCUCCUCUGGCAGUGAACGAGAUCAUCUAUGCUCUGCCCAUGUUAACCAUUCUGACCAACAAGGGUACUGGCAUUGUCACCAGCGUGCCUAGUGAUGCCCCUGAUGAUUACAUGGCUUUGCAUGAUCUAAGUGCAAAGCCUGCUCUUCGAGCAAAGUUUGGUGUGAAAGAUGAGUGGGUGCCGCCUGAAAUUGUGCCGAUUAUCAACAUUCCGAGUUUGGAGAUAAGGCUGCCGAGAAGGUCUGCUUGGAUCUGA